CGACUGUGGGCGGCGGGCGGCGUCGUUGAACAGUUGGCGCCAUGUGGAGCGACAAGCCCCAUCUUCUGGCUUCCUCAUUGGUGGAAAAUAAAUGCUUUGAGGAAAUUGCAUUUGGACAUGGAAUUGAUGAAACGAAAGGGAUAAGGAGUUUCCCAGUGAACAUCAGUCAAUUGGAAUGCAACAAUGAAGAGAAUUUUGUGAAAUCAAGUGUUUUAGAUGCUCCUGAUAUGAGUGAAGUGGUCCCUGAAUGUCUGGUGAAUAAAGUAGAAGUUUUUACUGUUCCUGAAACACAGAUUAAUGAGAUUGCAACACCCACUGUAACACCAGUGCAUAGUGGGGUGGCAGCUCCCAUCUCUCACAUCUGUCAUUCUAGUUUUAACCAAUCAAAGGAGGAUACAGUCGCUGAAUUUCAGCCUUUUUUGAGCUGUUCAGAUACAGAAAAUGAGAAUCCGGUUCAACGAUCUAGUUUUACCGACAAGAAAAAGAGGCAAAAUGUACUGAGAGAUUCUGAAACAUUUUGUCCUGUUAAGUUGCAUGGGAAAAGAUUUACUAGUCCUGGUGGGGUACCAAGGUCAAAGAAAUGGAAAGCAACCCUGGUGAAGGAGAAAGGUGAUGCUGGAGCCCAAGAUCCAGGGGCUUUCUCCGAUAGUCUUCUAGAGGAGUGUCUAAUGGCUAUUAACCAAAAAACUUCUGAGUCUCAGCUAUGCAGCCCUAUGAAGAAAAAUGAGAAUGGAAAACUAAAAAAUAGCAAGACAAGACAAUGGGUAAAUGGUAUUUUGAAGGUGUUCCCUUCUCCAGAUACUGUAAAUAAAGAUGCAAAGUUAUGUUUGACUAGAAAGAGCAAGAUGGGGAACCUCCAGUUGCCCACACACACAACUCCGUUAAGGAAUCCCUUUCAGAGAUUAGACACAAAGCAAUACACAAAUAUACAGAAUAAAAGUUGUGAUUCUGCAUUGACUCGAGUAACUAAAACAAAAUACAAUGACUGCAGUAAAAGGGAUAGUGAAUGGAAAUGGAUUCAGUCCACAAUGCCAGUGAACAAAGCUUGGCUGGAGACACUGCAAAUGCGCGCACAGCUGGAUCCUAUGAAAACUCCUGGCAUACCUGCAGGACAUCAAUGUGAACAGUGCAGUAGGAGCACUAUACUUAAUUGCAUCCAUUCAGAAUAUAAAGACUAUGAAGAGACUGAAAAUACAGACAACAAAGGAAAGGCUGUGAAAGCUUUAGAGAUGGAGCUUUAUCAAGAUGAACUGCAUUCCAAUGUAUCAAACAAAACCCAACUUGCAAAAGUUACAACAAUAUCAGACAAGACACAAGAAAUAAAGAUGAGGAACCAGCUACAGAGUUUCAGCAGAGCAGCAAAGAUGAGCUGCUUGAGGGGUCGGUUCCAAGUUGUGACAGUGAAUGAAGUCCUUAAUUCCUGUGGAGAUCCAGAAAAACAUUUGACGAUUACAGUGAGCCAGCCAGGUACCCUGAGUAGCAGCAGCACAGAGCGAUGUAUUCUGAGAGAUGAUUGGGACACAACUGAAGUCAAAGCUGGGGACAUAGUUCAUCUUGAAGGAGAGAAACACAUGGACACCUGGAUAAUAAAAAGAGAUGUUGGGUACAUGAUUGUAAACCCUGACCAUCUUAUUUCUGGGACUAGCGUUGUAAACGGUAUCCGGUGCAUGCGCAGGGCUGUACUGAAUGAGAGAUUUAAGGCUUGUGAAAGGGGGACAAGACAGAUGCUGGUUGGCACUUUGGUUCAUGAGAUCUUUCAAAAAGCUGUAACAAGCAACAGGUUUACACAGCGUGAACUAGAAGAAAUUACCUCACAAACCAUCUGCGCUCCAAAGUACCUGGGAGAGAUGUACAGCUUGAAUUUGAGUCAAGCAGAUGUGGUGCAUGCAGUAGAAGAAUACCUCCCAUUGUUGGUGACCUGGGCGCAAGACUUCAUGCAUGAUUCCCCUCAAUCUGGCAAAUGCCAAUUACAGCUUAAACUUCCUAGUGACGGUGACCUGAUCAAAUCAGAUUCAGCAUGUGGUAUCACAGUUCUUGAUAUUGAAGAUGUUGAAGAGAAUAUUUGGUCCCCAAGGUUUGGCUUGAAGGGGAAGAUUGAUGUAACAGCCUCUGUUAAAAUUCACUGCCGGUCCAGGAGCCAGAAGAGAGUCAUGCCUUUGGAGCUCAAAACCGGGAAGGAAUCUAACUCUGUCGAGCACAGAAGUCAGGUUAUUCUGUACACUUUGUUGAGCCAAGAACUCAGGGAAGAUCCUGAGGCUGGAUUUCUCCUCUACCUCAAGACUGGUGCCAUGUAUCCAGUACCAGGCAACCGCAUGGACAGGAGAGAAUUGUUGAAACUAAGGAAUCAACUGGCUUUCUAUUUAACCAAUGGCGUAGACUGGGCAGAGUUGAAGAAAACUAAUGCACACCCUGCACCGCUCCCUCCUAUCAUCGGUGACAAGCAGGCUUGCAGGUUCUGCUCACAGCGACGUAACUGUGCUUUAUACAGCAGGGCAGUGGAGCAAGAGAUGGAGGGAUGUUUUGUGCCCACAGAUGUGAGACCUAUUCUGCAGCAGGAAGUUCAGCACUUGGAACCUAUGCAUCUGCAGUACUUUGCACACUGGUAUCUCCUCUGUGUUCUGGAGGCACAUGCAGUUGAUAGCAAGGGGGGCUCCAAAAACAUCUGGAUGCACUCCGCAGAAGACCGGGAGUUGCAAGGUUGUUGUGUUGCUAAUCUAGUGCGGAGUGGUUGUGUACAGACUGUUUCUGAUGGACAAUAUCAACAUCAGUUCACACGUAAAAGUGGAUGCAUAUCGAAAACUACCUUAAUGGUUGGAGACAGGGUUGUAGUAAGUGGACAGAAGAAAAUGCUAUUUGCUGUGUCCUCUGGAUAUGUCACUGAAAUCCACGCCUCCCUGAUUACUUGUUCGUUGGAUCGGAAUCUCUCCAGGCUGCCUCCAGAAACUGUCUUCAGACUUGAUCAGGACGAAGGAGUUGGAAAUAUGAGUGCUCAUUUAGGAAAUCUUUCCAAAUUGAUGGAAAAAUCGGUAAUCAGUGAUAAACUUCGAGAACUUAUCAUUGGACUGAGGCCACCACAGUUUGUUCCUUACCUGAGCACUGUACUCCCACCUGAAGCAAAGGAAACGGUGGCUAAUAUUCUGAGAGGCCUGAACAAACCUCAGAAACAAGCAAUGAAGCGAGUGCUGCUGUCUAAAGAUUACACAUUGAUUGUGGGCAUGCCUGGGACAGGGAAGACUACGACCAUCUGCACUCUGGUGCGGAUUCUUUAUGCCUGCGGUUUCAGCGUCCUCCUUACCAGUUACACCCAUUCGGCUGUGGAUAACAUUUUGUUGAAGCUAGUUCGAUUCAAGGUGGGCUUCUUGCGUUUGGGGCAAAAACAGAAGAUUCACUCCGAUAUCCAGAAACUUACAGAUGAGGAUAUCUGCAAAAGGAAAUCUAUCCGAAGUCUGACUGAGCUGGAAGGGCUGUACAAGAGUGAACUGGUGGUUGCAACAACCUGCAUGGGAAUGAAACAUCCAUUAUUUGGUCAAAGAAGGUUUGAUUUUUGUAUUGUGGAUGAGGCAUCCCAGAUCAAUCAGUUGAUCUGCCUGGGCCCCUUAUUUGCUGCUGAUCGGUUUGUGCUGGUGGGAGAUCAUCAACAGUUGCCACCCGUCAUUCAGAGCUCACAUGCCAGAGCUCUGGGAAUGGAUGAGAGUUUGUUUAAACGUCUGGAGAAGAAUUCUGAUGCAUUAGUUCAGCUGAAUGUUCAGUACAGAAUGAACAGAACAAUUAUGUCACUCAGUAAUACGUUAAUGUACGAGGGAAAAUUGGUCUGCGGAUCUGAACAAGUGGCAACUGCAACAUUAAAGCUGCCCAAAUGGUGUGAACUGGCCUUAGACACUCAACAUGCUUCCUGGUUGAAGGAUGCUCUGGAGCCAGAUAACCCAGUUUGUUUUCUUAACACUGAACAGGUACCAGCCCCUGAGACAGAAGAACAGUGUGGAGUGAGUAACGUAACUGAAGCUGAGUUGGUGUACUGUCUGAUAAUGGUUUUACUGAAGGCUGGAUGCAAGCCCUGUAACAUUGGGAUUAUUGCACCAUACAGACAGCAGCUUAAGACAGUCUCAGCUAUGCUGAUGAGGGACAAAGCUUUCAGUGCUAUUGAGGUGAAUACAGUGGACAAGUACCAGGGCAGAGACAAAAGUGUUAUCAUUCUGUCCUUUGUUAGGAGUAACAGUGAAGGAAAGCUUGGAGAAUUAUUGAAGGACUGGCGAAGAUUAAAUGUAGCCCUGACUAGAGCAAAGCACAAGCUGGUAAUGCUGGGAUGUAUAUCGACCCUGUGCCAAUAUGCUCCUUUGAAAAAAUUACUGGAUCACUUGAAGAAUGAAGAAAUGAUUAUUGACCUUCCCCCUGCAGCACACAAACUCUCUGCUGUGAAUUGAGCCAAUGUAUCUCCCUGAAUAAUGUGAAGAUAGUGAACUGCUGCUUCCUGGUAUACAACUCAGACAAUAACACACUAACUUUGUACCAUCAGCUACCUCUGAUCAAUGUAACCUGUGUUUGACAGUCAAUUGAAUCUUAUUGCAUUGUUAAAUAAAUAUUCAA